AUGUCCCUGUUGGAUCUCAUAAGUUGUGCUAUCGGAUCGUUCAUCAUCGCUCAAGUCGUCAGACGUCGUUGCUGUGCUGCUUUGUGGUUGAGAUUGAAAUUGGUUGCGCACCAGAGAAGGGCGGGUAGAAUGAAAUCUAUAUUAUUGUCUCCCAAGGAGGUGGUAAAUAAGAGGGAGAAGGGAGAGAGAGGGAGAGGAAGAGGGAGAGGGAGAAGGAAUAAUAGUAAGAAGGGAGGAUCAAGAAAGUUCCAAGAUUUUGUUUGGGUAAAUGGUGGAUGGGCUGCCGGGGCUGUAAACUUAAAAUGGUUACAGCCCAAUGAUGAUAAUGCUGGGAAAAGAAAAUGA